CACCGGGGGUUCCGGGGUCGGGCGGGUCUUUGCGAGCUUCCGCUGGCCUCAGGUGCCUGGGAGACGUCGGGACUGACCUUGGGCCGGGCUUUGGCUGCCACUGGCCGCUCCGGACCCGCUCCCGCGGUGGGAGGGGCGGCCGAGGAGAGGUGCCGCGGCGGAGACGCGUGGGGGAGGCCCGGGAAUCUUUUCAAAGAAGAAUGGAGGACAAUACGAAGCUGGCCACAAUGGAAGACACUGUGGAGUAUCACCUGUUCCUGAUACCAGAUGAACUAAGGGACCCAGAAAAGCACAAAGAGAUUCUUCAAAAGUAUAUUGAGAGGAUAAUGACUCAGUUUGCACCUAUGCUGGCCCCCUACAUCUGGCAAAAUCAGCCUUUCAAUCUCAGAUAUAAACCAGGGAAAGGAAAUGUUCCUGCUCAUAUGUUUGGCGUGACAAAGUUUGGGGAUAACAUUGAGGAUGAAUGGUUUAUUGUUUAUAUAGUAAAGCAAAUUACAAAGGAAUUUCCAGAGUUAGUAGCAAGGAUUGAAGACAAUGACGGUGAAUUCUUGUUAAUAGAAGCUGCUGACUUUCUCCCUAAAUGGUUGGAUCCUGAUAAUAGUGCUAAUAGGGUGUUUUUCCAGCGUGGAGAAUUGUGCCUUAUUCCUGCACCAAGGAAACCUGGCACAAUGUCCUGGCUACCCACCACACCCCCAACGGUCCCACAAGCAUUGAAUAUAAUCUCAACACACCCAGAAGAAAUUUUGGCUUCAGAAUCUAUACGAGCUGCAGUGAAUAGACGCAUCAGAGGAUACCCAGAAAAAAUUCAAGCCUCCCUUCAUCGUGCACACUGCUUCCUUCCAGCCAGCAUUGUAGCGUUGUUAAAGCAGCACCCCCGAUUGGUGGCUGCGGGAGUCCAGGCGUUUUACCUACGGGACCCCAUUGACCUGCGAGCCUGCCGUGUUUUCAAGACUUUCUUGCCUGAAACACGAAUAAUGACAUCGGUCACUUUCACUAAAUGUCUGUAUGCACAGUUGGUACAACAAAGGUUUGUGCCAGACCGGCGGAGUGGAUACAAGAUGCCUCCUCCAUCUCAUCCUCAAUAUCGAGCCCAUGAAUUGGGCAUGAAGUUGGCUCACGGAUUUGAGAUCUUAUGCUCCAAAUGUAGCCCACAUUUUUCUGAAUCCAAGAAAUCCUUCAUGACUACCUCACCCCUCUGGGCUGGCUUCCUUGAAAGUCUGAAAAAGAACGAUUACUUUAAGGGACUGAUAGAAGGUUCUGCUCAGUACCAGGCAAGGCUAGAAAUGGCAAAGAACUACUUCCAACUCUCAGUAAAUCGGCCAGAAAGCUGUCUUGCUAUGAGCCCAGGUGAAGAAAUCUUAACCUUAUUACAGACCAUGCCAUUUGAUAUAGAAGAGCUUAAGAAGGAAGAAGCUAAUCUUCCCCCAGAAGAUGAUGACCAGUGGUUGGAUCUCUCACCAGAUCAACUGGACCAACUACUGCAGGAAGUUGCUGGCAAAAAAGAAGCAGAGCCCACUUCCAAGAAGGAAGAACAGAACUAUGACUUAAAUCAAGUCUCAGAAAGUAUGAAAGCUUUCAUAUCCAAAGUCUCAACCCACAAAGGAGCAGAGCUGCCUCGAGAACCUUCUGAGGCUCCAAUCACUUUUGAUGCAGAUUCUUUUCUUAAUUAUUUUGACAAAAUUUUAGGGCCAAGUCCUCAUGAAUCAGACUCCGAUGAUCUGGAUGAGGAAGACUUUGAAUGUUUAGAUAGUGAUGAUGACUUGGAUCUUAAAACAGAGGCGGCUGGGGAAGAAGCAUCUGUAAAAGGUACUCUUAAUAAUCUCAAGUCAUACAUGGCCCAGAUGGACCGGGAAUUGGCAUAUACCAGCAUUGGCAAAAGUUUCACCACCCAGAAGCAAAUGGAAUCUCUAUCCCAGACUACCAAUAAUAAUUCGGAUGAGGAAGAUUCUGGUGCAGGAGGAUCUGUUAUGACACCAGUGGAUGUAGACCUGAACCUGGUUUCAAAUAUACUGGAAUCCUAUAGUUCCCAAGCUGGACUGGCAGGACCUGCGUCCAACCUUUUACAAAGCAUGGGAGUACAGCUGCCUGAUAACAGUGAUCACAGACCCACAAGUACAUACAAGGUUUUGAAGUCAGCAGAAGAGAGAAGAAUCAAGCCCCUAGACAGCCCCUGAGAGGAGAUACUCUGUGUUUAGAACUUUUUUUUUAAGAUUUAUUUAUUUAUUUAUUCAUGAGAGAUACAGAGAGUGAGAGGCAGAGACACAGGCAGAGGAAGAAGCAGGCUCCACACAGGGAGCCUGAUGUGGGACUUGAUCCUGGGACUCCAGGGCUAUGCCCUGAGCCAAAGGCAGGCACUCAACUGCUGAGCCACCCAGGCGUCCCAUGUGUUUAGAACUUUAAGUUUAUCUUAAUUGAGGAUUAAAGGAAGAGAAAGGAGAGUGAUAGGCAAAAAUGAGAAAUGAAUGAGUUGCUUUUUUAUUCGUUACCAGAAAUGACCUUGAGCCAGACUCACUAGUGACAAAUAUAUUUAAUAUUUUACCUGUU